GCCGCGAUGGCCGCCGCGAAGUGUGUCAUCAGCUGUAGAUCCUGAAGCAUUCUGCUGUUGGAUAUAGCAUUGGUUUUUACUAGAGUAAAAGUUUCAAACGUUUACAACAGAUUGAGAAAUCUUUUAGCGCCAAUAGAGAUCUUGCGGCUCAUGACGGCGAAUGGAGAAUGAGAACGGGAAAUUGGAAGGUUCGGCUAAAGAUCUUGACGCGGCAUCUCUGAAAGAUGAUAAGAUCGUCGAAUUGAACGGUCAAAUAACCGAGUUGAAACGCGAGCUAGAGGCAGCUAGUAAGAAACUUCGGAAGGCUGAAUUUGAACGUGAUAGCGCACAAAGGAGUGUGGAAAAUCUCAAAACUGAAGUAAGAGAUUUAGGAAAAAAGCUGCAAGAAGAGAGAAAGAAGACUUUAGAGGGAAGAAAUAAAAGCAAUGAUCCUCUACAGGCUGAGAGCACGACACAAGAGGCUUCAAUUGGCAGUAACAAGAAGAAAAGCUGGCUAUCAGGUGGUCAUGGAAGCAAGGACCUCAAAGAGUCAUUAGAACAAGCAGCUGCUGAUGCCAUGUCUCUUGGUGGAUUUGUUUAUGAUGAAAGGACAGGAUUAUACUAUGACUGGAACACAGGUUACUAUUAUGACCCAAAUAGCCGUUUAUACUAUGAAAACACUACAGGAACAUACUACUAUUAUGAUGAACAAAGUGCUACUUACAAGUUUCACUCCAAAGUUGAUUUGUCCUGUAAUCUUGAAGAAGCAGCAUCAACAGAAAUAAAAAAUGACGAGGAUGAAAGGGAGAGUGGCGAAGAAACCAGCGAUGACGAGGAAAAAAAUGACAAGGAUUCAGAGAUUACAGAGGUGCAGUUUCCUUGCAUCAGAGCCAUUGUAAUCAAGUCUUUGAAAAUGAAAGUCGGAAGUCUCUUUAUUGUAACUUGCACUGGAGGAACAAUUGGCAGAGAAAAAGAUAUGUCACAUGUUAUACGACUCCCUGAUUUUGAAGUCAGUAAGCUGCAGUGUAACAUUGAGUUUGACAAAGAAAGGAGACAGUACUUCAUCUGUGAUGUUGGAAGCAGAAAUGGAACAUUCCUUAAUGGAUCGAGACUUUCAGAGAGCAAACAAAAGAGCCAGCUGCAGGUCAUUACUCACGGUGACGAGCUGACCCUGGGAACCACCACAUUUCAUUUGCAUAUCCACCCAGGAACACAAACAUGUGACUCCUGUGAGCCUGGCCAGGUACAGGCCCUGGCACAUCAAGGCACCUCAACUGCUGUGGAUGACGAUGUUACCAUUACAAAAGUUGUUCCCGGAGAUAGAUCGUUAAAUUCACUUUCAGUUCAAGAACAGAGGAAAUCAGAACUGAAGAGAAUCAAGAGAGCUUACGCGUUAGAGGAUUCAACUUACUGUGAACAACCUACCGAUGGAACUCUUGCAGGAAAAUACAAAAAUCGUGCAGAAGUCAGACGCACCAAAGUGGGAAGUGACGUUCCUGUUGCGACUGCUGACGAUCUCCCAGCAUCCGUUCACCGACCAAUCAAAGAAGAAAAUGUUGGACGCAAAAUGUUGGAAAAGAUGGGCUGGAAAGAAGGAGAGGGCCUAGGACGAGAGGGAGCAGGUCGCCUUGAACCUGUAACAGUCGAAGUCCGUGAUAGUCUCCGAGGUCUUGGUUCGGGUGUUAAAAGGAGCAUUGAUGAUGUCGAUAGCAAAAGUUACAUCCGGGCUAAAACAAGAGAGAGGUUCGAACAGCCAAAAUCGGCAACUUCCGGUACAGUGAAAUUCGUGGCUGCCGACACCACUCGACCAGAAAAGGAAUCAUCGUCAAACUUCAACGAAAUUAAUGACAUUUCUGUUGAGAAACCUGGAAGUAGUCAAGAGUUACCGCUGACGCUGAAGACGGAAGAAUUGGAUAUUUUUGCAGAGUGAAAGGUGGAUGUUAAGACGUUAUAGCCAUGUUUUUACAGUAGUGAAAGUGUUCGCGGGCGCCCACAAACGCAUGACAAGAGAGUUGCGAUUGGGAAUGUCAGAGGAAGGAAUGUAGACUCAUCUAUUUCAUUUAAUCACGUCUUGCCUACAAGAGAAGCAGAUGGUAUUAACGAUGAAUUGAAUCCCGUCCAUCUUUAUUCGAAUGAUCACGAAUGAUCAUCUGAACAUUAUAGUACCCGAUAUCGGAAGACCAUAAGGUGCUCAAUAGAAUUGCCAGGUUCAAAGCCAAUUUCUCUUAAACAGCGCUAUGGCAAUUCACUAAGUAGCCUUUUGUAUAUUCGCAGGUGUCUUUGAAGGCUAUGUAGCAAACCGAAGUGACCUUAUCCUUUAAACUUAAAAGAUAUAAUUGAUUCUCCGUAUAAGUUUCCACACGUUGCUUUAAACUAUUUUUAAAAAAUUGGGUUUUACAUUAAGAUGGCUCUUGCUAGCACUAGUUUAAAAUACUUGUUCUUCGAACCGCAGAGACCAGCUCUGAUGAAAAUAUUAUAAGCCUCGGAAGACAAUUCAACCACAGUUGUCAUUGAAAGAUUAAGAGGGGAUGUUGGAGAUAAUAAUGUUUUCUCCGUGAUCCACUUGCCAGGCGAUUCGGCACAUAGUGCGGGAUUGACGUUUAGCUUUGAUUGGCUAACCACUGCAGUCUUUAAUCCUCACGUCGUCUAUACCAAUGUCUCCUUUAAAACCUGAACCACGAAUCCCCUCGAAAUAAAUCUAAAAGUAAAAAAAAUGCGUUCUUAAAGAAAUUGCCUUUUUUUUUCUUCCUUACCAACACAGUGUACAAUUACGUUACCUCAUGCAUUUUUUCGGCCAGGAAUUGCUCUCAAUCAGUAGGGUUUAAGAUGGUGUUUAAAUUUGCGCGCAACUCCAGACUUAUUGAGACUUUUUAUUUCCUAACUAAACGGGAGGCAUACUCGUUUAUUAACGAUAAAGGUUGGUGCUAGAAUGGCAUUCAAAUCGUGUAUCAAUCGGUCACGCAUUUCACAAUAAUAGGUAGCAAAUUAACGAUUAUUUGCCGGGCGUAAGCAACGAAUCUCGUGAAUUUCAAGUAACUAUAGUAUGCCUUCUUCUCCUUAAAAGCAACUAAGAAAUCGCCUAGCAGCGAAUCAAAGAAUAACGUAUUUAAGUGUCACUCUAUCUCCAAUGUCUCAUUUUUUCUCAUGUCUCAAAAGUUCUCGAGGUGCCUACUAACAAGGAAAAUUUGGGGAGCUUUUGAAUGGAGUUAUAUUAGAUUAAAAUAGUGUCUUCCGCUUUGGUUUUAUACCUGAAAUUUUUCUUUGCAAGAAAUUACUACGUUAGCGAACAUCCAGUGUGUUCCCUGCAUGAAGGAUCUCUUCCACAGAGUUGUUGCUGUUCCAUCCGCUGUUUUCUUUAGGACCCUCAGUGUUCCCAUCUGAGCUCCGUACAUAUGAUACCAAAACGUCAAUCGUCGACAAGAUGUUGGAGGAAUCUUAGGGCUGUGAAAGCAGGCGACGUCUCCAUUCUCGGCCGGGGCUGAUGCUUCAAAAAAUAAGUAUCUUCCUGUACACGAGAAAGGUCAGCAAGAGUGAAUAUCAUUUGAAAAGUUUGAUGGCGGAGCUCCAGCGCACGACAGAGGUGCGCCUGCUAGUGUGGCCCUAUACUUUCACAGAUGAAAGAAAAACGGGGGAGGAGACUGAAGAAAGAGAAAAUGAUAGAAUUAUUGAAACCUUGCGUCGAUCAAUUCGAACUUCCGGGCAACCCCUCAAGCAAGUGAACUGUUGAAGAUCGGUUUGAUCAAAUUCCCGUCUCCCUGAGCAUUCUGGCGUUCAAAUUCCUACUCAAGCACAAUUUCUUUAUUAAACGGAUUUUUCUGUGUGAGUAAAGUAACGUUUAAGUUUUAGGCGCUUCUGUUGAGUUUCUCGCUCGUAAGCACUAUUCUAUUAAGUGAGAACUUUCCUCUUAGCCAUUUGCUUACAAAAGCGUACUCUUUGCUAUUAAACUCCUUUUGUAUUCUGCUGGUUGAAUUCCCCACCCCACCUAGGCACCGGGGCACGGACGAUAUUCAAAUUCCCAUGGGUUAACCGGGGGAGGAUGUUGAUGCUCCGAAUAAAUCGGCGUAGAGGUAGAAACUGCAGUUCAAAAAUGGUCAAUCUUAGGUACUUUUUUGUAAGAGGUACGUGCUGAGAGUGUUAUCAUUUUCUAGCUGGUGCAUGAAGAAGAUAUAUUUUAAAUAGGUGAACUCCAAGAGAAGAAAAAAUUCAGAAAAAAUUGAAUAAAAAUUAGAUAAAACUA